AUGACCUCCACCGACCCCUUCGACAGCGCCCUCGACCUCCUCCGUCGCCUCAACCCCUCCACCACCGCCCUCAACGUCCAACGUCUCUGCACCCUCUCCCCCUCCCUCACUGAUGACCUCCUCGAAUCCGUCGACAUCCCGCUCACCACCCGAAAAUGCCGCGUCACCCAGCGCGACUUCCUCUGCUGCGACUACAACCGCGACGGCGACAGCUGGCGCAGCCCGUGGAGCAAUGAGUUCGAGCCGCCACUGGAGGAGAGCGAGGUGAGCGAGGGGGUGACGCCGAGUGAGAAGGUGAGGAAGAUGGAGGUGAGGGCGAACGAGGCGUUUGAUGUGUAUCGGGAGUUGUAUUUUGAGGGGGGGGUGGCGAGUGUGUAUUUUUGGGAUGUAGAGGGGGGGUUUGCGGGGGCGGUGUUGUUGAAGAAGGCCGUUUCCCCCGGCGGAAACUCCACGGGCUCCUGGGACAGUAUCCACGUCUUCGAAGCGCUCGACAAGCCGCCCCGACAGGCACACUACAAGCUCACCUCCACCGUCAUCCUGUCGCUCGGCACCGGCGCCGAGGGGCUGGGCAAGAUGGACCUGGCGGGCAACAUGGUGCGGCAGGUCGAGCAGGACAUGCCGGUGGACGACGACAUGAGCCACGUUGCGAACGUCGGGAAGAUGGUGGAGGACAUGGAGAUUAAGAUGAGGAAUUUGCUGCAGGAGGUGUACUUUGGGAAGGCGAAGGAUGUGGUGGGAGAUUUGAGGAGCAUUGCGCCGUUGAGCGAGACGAAUCGAGAUCGGGCGACACAGAGAGAGAUGAUCAGUAGUAUGGGCAAGUAG